AUGUUUCCUUCAACAUUAGCGUUUCCUGCUGUCCUCUUCCUCACAUUCUUAUUCGUUUUAUCCACUUCCAUACUCUUUCCAAAACGACAACAAGAUGAUAAGAAACGACCGCCAGGCCCACCGUCCUUCCCGAUCAUCGGCAAUCUCCACAUGUUAGGCAAACUUCCCCACAUCAGCCUUCGAACGUUGGCCCAAAACUACGGUCCCAUCAUGUCGUUGAAGCUGGGACAAGUGCCAGCGAUUGUCGUUUCAUCCGCUGAAGCCGCAGAGCUAUUCCUCAAAACUCACGACGCCGUUUUCGCAUCGCGACCCCAAAUACAAGCGGUAGAUCCACUUUCUAGAGGAACCAAGGGAUUAGCGUUUGCAGAGUAUGGUCCGUACUGGAGAUAUGUGAGGAAAGUGUGUACCCUCCAUCUUCUAAGCACGUCAAGAGUGAAGAUGUUAGGUCCUCUGAGGAGGGAGGAAGUGGGGCUGAUGGCGAAGUCAUUGGAGAUCUUUGCGGCGGCGCGUGAGGUGGUGAAUCUGAGUGAGGUGGUAGGGGACCUCGUAGAGAAUAUAAUUUAUAGGAUGAUCCUGGGAUGUGCUAAGGAUGAUAAGUCUAACUUAAAAGGGCUUGUUGAGGAGGCACUGAGCUGCGCGGGACAGUUCAAUCUGGUUGAUUAUGUCCCUUGGCUUGGUGUUUUUGAUUUCCAGGGUUUGACACAAAAACUAAGGAGAAGCAUUAAGGCGCUCGAUGAUGUGCUGGAAAAGAUAGUCAAAGAGCACGAACAAGAACAAGCUUCUAAAGAGGAAAAUGUCCGGAACCACAUCGACUUCAUACACAUAAUGCUUUCUGUGAUACGUCAACCAAUGGAUUUGCACGACGACCAAAACCAUGCCAUCGUUGAUAGAGAUCACCUCAAGGCUAUUUUAGCAGAUAUGAUUUUUGCCGCAACUGACACAUCUGUCAUUGUCAUUGACUGGGCUUUAUCUGAGCUCUUGAGGCAUCCGAGAGUGAUGAAAAAUCUCCAAAACGAGCUGCAAGAUGUGGUUGGAAUGAACAGAAUGGUGGAAGAGGCUGAUUUAGCAAAGUUAGGUUACUUAGAUUUGGUAAUUAAGGAGACUCUUAGGCUACAUCCACCUGCACCUUUACUAAUUCCUCGAGAAAGUAUGGAUGAUGUGACAAUUAACGGAUGUUACAUAAGAAAAAAGACAAGGAUAAUAGUAAAUGCAUGGGCUAUAAGUCGAGAUCCUAAAGUAUGGUCUGUUAAUUAUCAAUAUUUACCAUUUGGUUCAGGUCGUAGAAGAUGUCCAGGAAUUCAAAUGGGUAUGACUACAGUUAAAUAUGUUGUGGCUCAAUUGAUGCAUUGCUUUAGUUGGGAGCUUCCUUAUGGCAUGUGUCCCAGUGACUUGGACAUGACUGAAAAGUUUGGCCUCACAGUCCCAAGAAACAAGCAUUUACUUGCUGUUCCAACCUAUAAAUUAGAUAAUCAGAAACCACCACCAGGCCCACCGUCCCUUCCGAUCAUCGGCAACCUCCACAUGUUGGGCAAACGGCCACACGACAGCCUUCAAUCACUGGCCAAAAUAUACGGUCCGAUCAUGUCGUUGAAGCUUGGACAAGUUCCUACGGUUGUCGUUUCGUCCCCUGAAGCUGCGGAGCAAAUCCUGAAGACGCACGACACCGUUUUUGCAUCUCGACCCAAAGUGCAAUCAACAGAUCCUUUCAAAAAAGGAGUGAGGGGAGUGGUGUUUGCAGAGUACGGUCCAUACUGGAGAUAUGUGAGGAAAGUGUGUACACUUCAACUUCUAAGCGCGUCAAGAGUGCAGAUGUCUGCUCCUUUGAGGAGGGAGGAGGUGGUAGCGACGGUGACGGCGCUAGAGAGAGGGGCAGCUGCCGGAGAGGUCGUGGACGUCAGUGAGAAGGUGGGGCAGCUUUUGGAGAACAUAAUGUACAGGAUGGUACUGGGACGUCGUAAGGAUGAUAGGUUCCAGUUACGUGAGCUCACGAACGAGGUUCUGAACUUGGUGGGACAGUUUAAUAUUGCUGAUUUCAUCCCUUGGCUUGGCGUGCUUGAUCUCCAGGGUUUGACACGAAAGUUAAGGAGAAACAGAAAGGCACUUGACGAUGCAUUGGAGAAGAUAAUCGUUGAGCAUGAGCUAGCACCUAAAGAACAAAAUGUGCAACACCACAACGACUUCAUACACAUAUUGCUUUCGUUGCUUCAUCAACCCAUGGAUUUGGUGCACGAUGAUCAAAACCACGUCAUUGAUAGGGCUAACCUCACAGCUCUUUUAUUAGAUAUGAUCAUUGCAGCAACCGACUCUUCCUCGGUUGUAAUAGAGUGGGCUUUGUCUGAACUCUUGAGGAAUCCGAGAGUGAUGAAAAAUCUCCAAAAUGAAUUGCAAAAGGUGGUUGGAAUGAACAGGAUGGUUGAGGAAUCUGAUGUAGCAAACUUGACUUACUUAGACAUGGUAAUCAAAGAGACACUUAGGCUGCAUCCUGCUGGACCUUUUCUUGUCCCUCGAGAAACUAUGGAGGAUGUCACGGUUAAUGGAUAUUACAUAAGAAAAAAGACGAGGAUUAUAGUAAAUGUAUGGGCUAUAGGACGAGAUCCUAAUGUUUGGACUGACAAUGCUCAUAUGUUUUACCCAGAAAGAUUUGUUAAUUCCGACAUAGACGUUCAAGGGCAUGAUUUCCAACUGUUACCAUUUGGUUCGGGUCGUAGAGGAUGUGCCGGGACACAAUUGGGUCUAGCUACAGUUAAAUUUGUUUUAGCUCAAUUGGUGCAUUGCUUUAAUUGGGAGCUUCCUUGUGGCAUGUGUCCCAGUGACUUGGACAUGAACGAAAAUUUUGGUCUCACAAUCCCAAGAAUGAAGCACUUGCUAGCUAUUCCAACUUAUCGGUUGCAUAAUCAGUACCAUAACGACUUCAUACACAUAUUGCUUUCGUUGCUGCAUCAACCCAUGGAUUUGCUGCACGAUGAUCACAACCACGUCAUUGAUAGGGCUAACCUCACGGCUCUUUCAUUAGAUAUGAUCCUCGCGGCCACUGAUACUUCCACAGUUGUAAUACAGUGGGCUUUGUCUGAACUCUUGAGGAAUCCGAGAGUUAUGAAAAUGUCCAAAAUGAAUUGCAAAAGGAGGGGUGUAGAGCCUAGCAACUUUCAAUCGCUGGCCCAAAAAUAUGGUCCCAUCGUGUCGUUGAAGCUGGGACAAGUUCCUACGAUUGUCGUUUCAUCCCAUGAAGCUGCGGAGCUAUUCUUCAAAACACACGACGCCGUUUUUGCAUCUCGACCUGACUUACAAGCAGCGGAUCCACUUUCUGACGGUAUCAAGGGCCUAGCAAGUGUAGAGUACGGUCCGUACUGGAGAUAUGUGAGGAAAGUGUGUACUCUUCAUCUUCUAAGCGCGUCGAGGGUGGAGAAGUUUGCUCCUUUGAGGAGGGACGAAAUGGGAGGGAUGGCAAAGUCACUGGAGAGAGCUGCGGCGGCGCGUGAGGUCGUGAAUCUGAGGGAGGUGGUGGGGGACCUCGUAGAGAAUAUAAUUUAUCAGAUGAUCCUGGGAUGUGCAAAGGAUGAUAAGUCCAACUUAAAAGGGCUUGUUGAGGAGGCAUUGAGUUGUACGCAAACGGAUUUGAAGGACAAGCAAAAGCAUGCCAUUGAAAGAGCUCACCUCAAGGUUAUUUUGUUAGAGAUUAUUUUAGCGGCAGGUGACACUUCUAGUGUUGUAAUUGAUUGGUCUUUAUCCGAGAUUUUGAUGCACCCGAGAGUAGUGAAGAAUCUCCAAAACGAGCUCCAAAACGUGGUCAGAAUGAACAGAAUGGUGGAGGAGGCUGAUCUAGCAAGUUUAAGUUACUUAGAUUUGGUAAUUAAGGAGACUCACAGACUACAUGCACUCGCACCUCUAAUCAAUCGAGAAAGUUUGGAAGAUGUCACAGUUAGUGGAUAUUACAAAAGAAAAAGGUCAAGGAUCAUCAUAAAUGUUUGGGCUGUAGGACGAGAUCCUAAAGUAUGGUCAGAUGAUGCUUGUAUUUUCUAUUCAGAGAGGUUCGUUGAUAGCAAUGUAGACGUUCGAGGACAUGAUAAUCAACUGUUACCAUUGGGUUUAGGUCGUAGAAUAUGUCCAGGAAUUUAG